AGCUCAUAUCCUCUCGAUCUAGCUGAAAUAUCUCCGUGCCAUCGUUUCAUUUGGUUCUCACAAUUUUAUCUUAAGUAUUUUCUUUGUAUCUGAAACAUGUUGGGUGGUCGUUCUUUCCCUCCCAAAUGGUCAGCUAAAUUCUGUGACUGUGGAGAAGAUCCUAAGACAUGUUUGAUAACUUGCUGUCUACCGUGCGUUACCUUUGGCCAAAUUGCAGAAAUUGUGGAUGAAGGGCGUAGUUCUUGCUUUGGACAAGGGUGUGCCUAUGGGUUACUUAUGUUGGUGACGUGUCACUGGCUCUACUCGUGCCUUUACAGAGAGAAACUGAGAUCAAAGUUUGGGUUACCAGCGGAACCUUGUUGUGAUUGCUGUGUUAAUUUCUGCUGCGAAGCAUGUGCCUUGUGCCAAGAGCAUGCUGAGCUUAAAGCAAGGGGUUUCGACCCUUCCAAAGGUUGGAUUGGGCCACCAAAUGCUCCUCCACGAAUGCCACCUUCCAUGUCUAGAUGAUCCAUCUGCCCCAACUCAGCACUACUGAAAUUUCAUAUCAUCAAUACUGCUCGCUGUUUUUUUUUUUAAGAAAUGCUUGUUGUUUUUCUUCUUUGCAAGUUGCAACUAUAAAGGAAAAAAAAAAAAAAAACUGUUGUCCAUUGCUUAGUAACGUUAUGAAAUAUCAUUUAGAAUUCAGCUUA